CUGACGGUUGACGGGGACGGGACGGUUGGAGAUGUCAAAAAUUUAUUGCUUGUGUUAUGGGUGUUAUGUGUUGAGUAAGCCAGCUUCUUUUAAUAUAAAAUAAAUGGAUUCAAAUAUAAUUUAACACAUUAAAAACAUUUUUGGUAUAGAAAACUAAAAAUAUGACCGAUUGCGAGAGAGAAGAAGCUACAAACUUGCAAAAGGAAUUCGAAUGGGUGUUAAAUCAAGAAGUUCAUAAAGGUCUAGAACAGAUUCAUCAAAUUCUUGUGGAGUGCGCUAGGCGAUUUCCAGUCGCUUUAUAUGGACAUGAUAAUUCGGCAAAACAAGACAAAUUUGUUUUAUCGGUACCCGCAGACCAGUUAAAGUGCGUGGUUACCCUCACUGGUGACAGUAUUACACAUGCAGACAUUAAUUUUAAAGUGGUGAGGGCAACUACAACAACUAUGGUACGUACCACAAUUCAAAGUGAGUAUCCAUGGAAACUACAACAAGUUCAAGAUGCUGCAAAUCAUUUACAGCAAGCAAUUUAUCAUAUUGACGAUGUAGGAAAACACUACAAAUUUAAAUCUUCAGAUGAGGUACUACAUGUAUUAGGAAAUAUUUUGGGUAGCUUACAAAGAGGACGCACUAGUUUAAUAGUACCAAGAAAGAAAACAAUAUAUGAUCUGCUUAAAAGUCGCAAUAUGAAAUCUCUUUCUCCGCCAUUGGCAGAGGACCUAGCAAUAAGUUUUUACAUCCAAAGUCACAAACUAGUAUUUGUAAUGUACCAUUUAAUGAAUAAUCAGGGUGUCAUGACACCUGACCCAACCCCUGCUGAGUGUUCAGUACCAUGGCUAAAUGAAGUAUUGGUACUUUUCACAGUUGGAUUGCAGCUAUGCCAGCAACUAAAAGAUAAGAUCUGCGUUUUCUCCCAGUAUAAAGAUUUCACAGUAGGUUCAAGGCCAUGUAGCCCUGUCCAGUGUUAGUCUCUCAAUCGAAUAUAGGCCUUCAUACAUACACAAGUAAUAUUUAUAGAGUAAUUAUUGAUAUUGUCAAUUUCUAAUGUAUAAUGUUGGUUUGACAGAUGUAUUAUAUUGUAAGUGUUAAUAUAUGUCUAUUGUUAAGG